UUAUCCGUUUUCCACCUCCAGUGAAAGUAUUUGAAAAUGAGCAAAAAACAAACACCUAGUGACUUUUUAAAACAAAUCAUAGGCCGUCCUGUAGUGGUAAAACUUAAUAACGGCGUCGACUAUCGAGGUAAGCAACAGCUUUCUGCUUGUGAGUGAAAAGCAUGCCCGAGGCUAUGAACGUUUGUUCGAAAUUCGAACGUUUUGUAGUAAAUGGUCCUUUUACAGAUCCAGAAAGUAGGGGAAAUGGAGUUUGUGUUGUGGAAUCUUGUACCAGCCUGUACGUCUUUUUUACUCUGCCCAGUAAAGUGAUGUACAGUCUAUCCUCCAAGUUAUGCUGUCCCUAAUAAACCUGGCACUGAUACACAUGGUUCUUGGUUUAGAUUGGGUAGAAUGGGCUAUUGCAUUUUAGUAAAAUCCAACUAGUGGUCUAUUAUCAAUGCUGCGUUCUGAUUGGUUUAGCUACUACUAGGCUAUAUGUUAUAGCUCACUACUAGUGAAAAGCGCAGGCUUUUUAGCAGCAAAAAAGGAUUAAAGUCUAGCUUUAACUAGCCAUUUUUUUAUUCUCGUUAUUUUUUACCAACUAGUUGGGCUAUUGACUCAGAGCCCAUUUGGGCUUGAGGAAUAAUAAUUGUUAAUAAUAUCCGUAUCCCCACUCCCGGUUGAGGACCUACCUUUUCUUCUUACCCCUGAAGAUUAAAUAAAAUUGCAUUUUAUUCCUGAAGACUUCCAAAAAAUGUUGGUCCUAUCCCUGAAGAAUUUCAUGAAAAGGAAAUCUCUACCCCCAAAGAAUUCCAUAUUUUCUGACUUUACCCCUAAAGAAAUCCUCAGUUUUUAUAACUUGCUGCUGAAGAAUUCCGUGGUUCCUCAACCAGGCGGGGUGGGUAUUAAAUGCAAUAGCCUAAUAGACAUAGGGUUUUACUGCUUCUGCAAUCCCCCAGUCCUCUCAAAGCAGCAUAGAUCUGAGUCUCACACUUGAUUUUCACGUGAUUUUCACUGUUUUCCAUUUGACUUAGACGUCAAAUUUUAAAAAUGCACUUGAAAUUUCUUUAGCCACGUUUUGGCAAAUCCAGUCAGAUAUAUAUGUUUGUAUAUGUUGCGGUUCAAUUUUGUCCUUGGUUUAAAUUAUAUUUUCCUUCGUUUUUGGGUAUGGUAAUAUAUGGUAGUGAGUUUGAAACAAACGAAAAUAAAAUAAAUUAUUUGAACCAAGGAAAAAAUUUAACCUCAACAUUUUCAUAAACUGCUGUUUAAAGCAUCACAGGCUCAUUCAGGCCAAACAUUGAAUUGGGAGUCUAUUUUUUCUGCAUUUGUUUUACUUUCAACCAACUUUUAGUUAUCAUGAACCCUUCCAAGGCAAAAAGCUGCAAUAAAUAUUUCUCUUUAGGGACUUAUGCCUCAGCAGACUGGGUUGUCCAAGGGGCAACUGAUCACCACAAAUUGGUUGCCCCAUUGAUAUUUUUGGUUGCCUGGGACAACCAGACAACAAUUAAUUUCGAAUCCUGCUGGGUUUGGACAAUUCAUUCACACAUAUCUUCAGCUUAAAAGUGUGAAGCAUCAGUCACUAGACAGGUGACAGCCUUUGUUUGAAGUUGUUUAAGAGUGUGUGCGGCAUUAAUUAAAAGUAUCCUUUGUUUCAGUGGUGUAUUGUCACCAUGAUUCUUGAAUGAUGGUAAUAAUGAUGUUGAUGGUGAUAUUCAUCAGGCAUCUGUUUUACAUGUCCUUUUAGGGGUGUUAGCCUGCCUUGAUGGUUACAUGAAUAUCGCUCUUGAACAAACAGAAGAGUAUGCAAAUGGCCAGGUGAAAUAGCCCUCUUUUCUGUUGUGGUUGGAAAUUGUUGGUUAAUGUUUUGUACAGAUCAGUUAGAUUAGUGACAAAAUUAGUCAGUAAUUUUACUAUUGUUGAUAUUGAUUUUUCAAUAAUUUUUGGAGCCAAUUGCGAUAAAUAGACAGUAUGUGACUCUUUUUAUUUUGCAUUGUUUGUAAUAUUAAAAAUAAAAACUAUAAACUUGUGGUAUUUACAAUUUUUGUCAUCAUUUAAAGAGACCACAGAAAAUCAAAGAAAACUUCUUUUUUUCUAAAAAAGAAAAAAAGGAAAGGCAUUUAAGCUUAGGAAGGUACUUUUUUGGCAAAACUUUGUAUGUAUCAGAUAAAAAGGAACAAACUCAUCUUGAAAAAAAAACAACUUUACUCCCAUUGGUGAAAUAAAUUUGAUCUGUGAAUUUAUUUUUAGCUGAAGAACAAGUAUGGAGAUGCUUUCUUAAGAGGAAACAAUGGUAUGUUGUAUUUUCCGUGUCGACCUUUGUUACAGGAUUAUAAAAAGAUGAAACUAUAGCACAACAAAUGAAGUUGUGACAGAUGCACAUAAUUGCAGGGCUGUCACUAAGGUAGUAGGCUGAUUUAGCAAUAGAAUGGGAAUGUCAUUCGAUGACAGUGCGCACAAAUCAAACAACUGGUUUGACCAAUGGCUGACUGGCAAAUUGGGCACUGGAAGUAGAGCUUAGUCCUUUAUGACGCCCUGACGUUCCCGCUCUGUUGCUAAAUCAGCCUAGUAGGGAUACCUUAAGACAAGGAAAUAUCAUUAAAUAUCAUUAUCACUGGAGCAUGAGUGUUUGUAUUUUUGUGUGAUUUUCAACACAAGUCAGGAUUAUUAUCUUAUAUGCAAAGUUGAGUAAGAAUUCUUUCUGGCUUAGGACAAUGCUCCUUGCACUGCCAUGAUGUUUUUCUCCCUUCUGUUACAGUGUUAUAUAUCAGCACACAAAAAACAAGCCGCAGAUAGGAGGAAAAUUGAAGAGAACACUUCAUCCACUUUAAAGAACUGCCAUCUGUUACAUAGCCUUUUGUGAAUAUCUCUUCUUUUGUAGUUUCCGUUUGAACAGUAUCAGUAAGCUGCUGUAUUGUAUGCUUUACAAAUAAAUGCCUAAAAAGCC